GCUUUAUGGUUAACUUUUAAACUUUCAACGAUUUUUGUUAGCCAUAACAGUUUUUAAUUAUUUGAAAUCAACUAGAAAGUCAACUGAAAAUUUCAAAGUUAUUUAAUGCAUUGUGCCCUGUCUUAAAAUUGUGAAAUUAGUUUUCUAUAAAUUAUAUUGACCAAGAAUUCCUGAAAUAUGUCACAGUUGAAAAAAAUGACUGAAACUAGCAGUAAUUUGAAUGUAGAUGGUCCAAUUACAAGAGGACCACCUAUGAGAUCCCAAAAAAAAAUAUCAGAAACUAGUAUGUGCAACAGAAGUAUAAACGCAUCCAGGAGGUCAUUAUCAGUUUCUAAUAUUUCAAUUUCAAAAUCUCCAACAAGAGUUGGUGGUAAUGAUUUCACACGUAUUGAAAGAGAUAAUCGGGGGGAAUUCAGGAGAAGAAGUAGAUCUUCUACAGCAAGUCCCAGAAAAAUUUGUGCUGGAGAUAGGUUCAUACCAAUGAGAAGUGCUAUGAAUUUUGACUUAGCACAUAUAAUGCUUACAAAGAAAGCUGACAGUCCUAGCAUGAAAGAAUUCCAAAAAAUUGUUUAUGAUCUUCGUGGUGAAGAUAUUACAAAUCAAAAAAUUUUAUCUUAUAGAAAAAAAGCACCCGUUGCUCCAGACGGCUAUUUAAACCCCAUGAGAGUUUUAUAUUCUACAACAAAAACACCGACAUCAACUUCAAAGAAAGGUGCCAGAUACAUUCCUACAGCACCAGAUCGUAUUCUAGAUGCUCCAGAUAUUUUGGAUGAUUAUUAUUUGAAUUUGGUGGAUUGGAACUCCAGUAAUAUAUUGGCAGCUGCCUUAGGAGCUAAUGUUUAUUUAUGGAAUGCAGGUACUGGAAAUAUCGAACAACUUCUAGAACUAGAAGGAGAUGACUAUGUCUGCUCUGUAUCAUGGAUUCAAAAUGGUGAUUUCUUAGCAGUUGGUACAACUACUGGGGCUGUGGAGUUGUGGGACUGUGCAAACUUUAAACGAUUGAGGUCGAUGGCAGGUCAUUCUGCUAGAGUAGGUGCAUUAAGUUGGAAUAGUCAUGUCGUUUCCAGUGGAGCCAGAAGUGGUCAAAUUGUUCAUCACGAUGUGAGACAAAGAGAACAUGUUAUUGGAACUGUUAGUGCCCAUGGACAAGAGAUUUGUGGCUUGAAAUGGUCACCUGAUGGCAAAUUUUUAGCUAGUGGUGGAAAUGAUAACUUACUCAAGAUAUGGUCUGUAGCUGGUGGUGGUUUCCAUUCGAAAAACAAACCAAUACAUAGUUUCAACCAUCAUGUAGCAGCUGUGAAAGCGUUAGCAUGGUGUCCAUGGCAAAAUAACAUACUGGCAAGUGGUGGUGGAACAGCUGAUAGGCAUAUACGGUUCUGGAAUAUUAACUCAGGAGUGUGUGUAAAUGCCAUUGACACAAAAUCGCAAGUUUGUUCUUUGUUAUGGUCAACUCAUUAUAAAGAGAUUGUUUCUGGUCAUGGAUUUGCUAACCACGAAAUUAUAAUUUGGAAAUAUCCAACUAUGACCAAAGUGACUGAACUUUUGGGUCAUACCUCUAGGGUUCUUCAUUUAGCUAUGUCACCAGAUGGAACCACAGUUCUUUCUGCGGGAGCUGACGAAACUUUGAGAUUAUGGAAGUGCUUUACAUUAGAUCAUAUCAAAAAGAAGACUGCUUCUCAUGGGAUACAUGAAAAACGAAGCGUUCUCAAACAAUCUAUUCGAUAGGAUAGAGUAAUCAUUCAUUUAAUGUAUUUACAAUGUAAAUGUUUUUUAUUUAGUUAUAGUACCGUUUUCUAUGUUGUAAUAACGUUCUUUAAUAAAGAUGGAUUCAUACUAAA